AUGAACCCUAUAUUGAAGUUUCCGCCCUUCAAUUUUAAUAGCCCUACCGCUGGCCCAAGUUCCAACGUCGCUGUUCUCGAUCUCGUCCCGCCAUCAUGUGUGCAAGCUUGUCAGACCACUUCGUCGAGCUUCCAGACAUGCGAGUAUGGGAUGUGCAUAUGCACUCAAGACAACGCUGAUGGACUGGAAGACUGCGUUUCGUGUCUGUACGCUGUGUCGCCAAGCCAAGACAUCUACGAUGCAGCGCAAGGCAUAUUUUCUAAUUUCGAAGAUACGUGCAGUCCUGCGUUCGAUUUUUCGUUACAGAUUGUCCCAGAUUAUUUCAACAAUGGUACUACACCGACCAUCUCUAUUGACCCUUCCAUAUCUCCGACCACAGAUAUCCCUGUCCCUUCUCAAACUGCACAGUGGACAGUCAACAACAAACAGGUUUGCCGUGCCGUCCGACGGAAGGGCGGCGGCGUGCCGAUGUCGAGUGGUAUAAUGUUAAGGGCGAGGUCGGCUGCAGAGAAGAAAACAUCAAAACCGGGAUGGAAGCUUGUUGGGGCAACGCUAUCUAUUAAAGGGAGCAGGAGGGAUGACAUGAAAGUGAGUAAUGCCGCGCUUGUUUGGGCAUUCUUCACCGCGAAACUUUUAGCGGCUGGAGAAAUCGGUGCAGAUGGAGAUUCAGUAGAAACAGAUGAUGAAGACGAAGAUUGGGAUCCCGGAAGCGAUACGUGCAAAGGCGGGAUCGGAAAGGGUUCACAGUAA